AUGGUGAUUAUAUGUGUCUUUAAUUUUAUCACAGGUAGCUUGGGGACACAAAAUGUCAAAGUAUUGAAUUUUCAGUUUAGUCAAAAAACAGUUGGGCUUUCACAACAUUUUGGCCUAGAAGUUGGAUUAGUAGGAUGCCACUGCAGUACACUAGUUUGGUUACGUCUCUACAGACAGUCAGAAGAAGGUUCUAAAGAGAUUAAACCUUCUGGUUUGACAAGCGAACAAAUUCUCAAUUUUAAUGAGGUUAAGCUUGAAUUAAAACUUGAUGGAUUUCACCUGCGUGUAAUGAGGGGUUUGACUGAAAAUACUAAAACCCUUCCUCCUCCAAUUCCUGCUCCAGAAAGUAUAAAUUCUAUCGUCGAAGCACCUGUUUCUACAUCGUCAUCAUCGGCCAUCUUUAAGCCAACACCUUCUUCAUUGUCUAUCCAGGGAUUCCUAGACAAAGUUGCAGAUGAAGGGUUGGUGAUAAUUCAAUCUCCAACGGUGGGCUUCUUCAGAAGAUCUCGAACCAUAAAGGGAAAACGUACUCCUCGUAGAUGUGAAGAGAUGCAAAUGAUUGAGGAGGGACAAGUGAUAUGUUACCUUGAACAGCUUGGUGGAGAUCUGCCAUUUGAGUCUGAUGUCUUUGGGGAGGUCAUCAGGAUUUUAAGAAAGGAUGGUGCAGUUUUGCCGUCAUUUCCCAGAAUAAAGAAGCUUCAAUAG